AUGAGUGUGUGUGAGAGAGAGAGAGUGAAUGAGUGUGUGUGAGAGAGAGAGAGUGAAUGAGUGUGUGUGAGAGAGAGAGAGUGAAUGAGUGUGUGUGAGAGAGAGAGAGUGAAUGAGUGUGUGUGAGAGAGAGUGUGUUUGUGUGUGAAUUGCCAGGAAAUUGCUCUUUGUGAGUUUAAUUUUUUUUAAAUGAUAAAAAAAAAAAUCUUCUGGAGUAUUUGACUGGAAAAGUCUGUUUCACUGGUGGAGUCGGGACCUCUGGUGUCUUCAGAGAAAGUGUUGCUCAGUAGUUCAUUAUAAUUGUAAUGCUGAAGUGUGAUUGGCUCAUGAUCAGCUCAUGAAUAUUCAGUGUUGCAACAGAGUCAAAGGCUGAAAUGAAUCAGAUAAAAGAAUGAACAGGAACGUACAGUAUUUAGAGUCACUGUUACAGAUAAACGUCUUUAACCCUUCGUGUGACGGGGCUGAAGUCCAGCUGAUAGUGGCGCAGUGGACUCUGGGUUACGGGUGGCGGUGUGUCUCUCUCAGUGUUCAACAGGAGCGUCAGAUCGUCAGUCAGACAGACAUCGGCCAGAACCCGACACACUGAUACAGGAUGGUGAAGUUGUGGCUUUCUCUCUUUCUGUUGGCGGGAGUCCAGACCGACCCGUCACCUGCCAAAAACAUCCACCUGCUCGCUGCAGACGAACACAAACUCAUCUUAAACCUCGGACAGAAAGAUGUUCCUCGGGACUGUUAUGAGCUGUGGCAGAGCGCCGGCGAGGCGAGAGAUGGCGUGUACCUCAUCAAACCUGCUGAUUCGGCCAUCGUCGUCUACUGCGCCAUGCACGAGGGCGGGUGGACGGUCGUGCAGCACAUCACGGUCAACAGCAGCGUAGAUUUCGACCGCACCUGGGACGAAUACAAGCACGGAUUUGGAUCCCUCACCGGUAACCACUGGCUGGGCAACGACUAUCUCCAUCAGCUCACCGGCGGACCGGGACGAUACAAGCUCGGCAUCAAACUGGUGGACAAAGAUGCCGUGACGAAGACGGGCGAGUAUGACCCGGCGCUGGUGGAGAACGAGGACGCCCAGUAUCGUCUGCGCCUCGGGCUCUUCCAGGGCACGGCGUUGGACGCUCUCACCCUGGAUACGGAGAACUAUCUCCAUGACAACCAGAAGUUCACCACCAAAGACCAGGACAACGACAACUACUUCCAGAACUGUGCCAAGCUGGAGUUCCAGGGCGUCGCGGGCGGCGGGUGGUGGUACGAUGCUUGCGCCGGUGCGAACCUGAACCGCAGAAACGUCAUCUACUGGCAGAAAGACUGUAACAAAGAACAUCUGUGUAAAUACGCCUGGAUGAUGGUGAAACCCUCCGAUCACCUCAAAGUCAUCCAUUCCAGAGAAUGCCAAAGAGACGAGCUCUGAUCCAAACAUUGUGACAUAUCACACUUGAUUUUAUAUUUUCUUAUCUAAUGUAAUGAAAUUGAUUUACAGAUCAUUGAUCAGACCGUCACUUUAUAAACAAUU